GCCAAUAUUCCGUGCAUUACCUGAUUCGACCAUUCGAAGCAUGGCCAGCGAAUUAGCGUACGGCAGCACACAUGGAGGCGUGGCGUAUCCCUCUCUGAACCAUUAUUAUCCUCACGCUGCAGCAGUUGGUGGCUCUGCUGCUGCUUCUGCUGCUUCUGCUGCCGCCGCUCCCGCGAACAGCGCACAACAAGCUUUCAGCCCUGGGACGACGAACCAUUACAAUCCGCAUCAGCACCAGCAGCAGCAGCAGCAUGGCCAUGGAGCAGCAGGCGUGUCAUCCGGCGGGAGCAUGGAGCACCACCACCAGCACCAGCAGCAGCCGCAGCAUGUUGGCAAUGGCUUCCACUUCACCUCUGGGCCGCCUCCCUCGAGAUUGGCGCACCAGUUCCACCACCAGCAGCCGUCCGUGAGGAACAGCACGUCUCCACAGCCUGGGGCAGCACAUCAGCCAACACCGCCGAAACAGUACCCCAUGGCCGCUCCGCCUCUGCCCAAUACCCCGAACAGCGUCAGCAAUAGUAAUACGGGGGCCUCGCCUGGCUCACCGCGGUCGCCGGGGACGGAGACUCGGGAGCAACAACGCACCGCUCUCCUGUUCGACAUCAACAACGAGCUCUUGAAAGAAGUCAACAAUCUCCAACUCGCUGGCAAGGGCGGCGCGAUGAGCCCGCAGCAAGUCCAACAGGCACGAAGUGAAGGCAAGUCAGAUCACAUGGCCUCGGAAGAAUACAUUCAAAGCCUCAGAAGGCUGCAAGCGAACCUGGCAUACCUGAUGGCGAAGGCGCAGCCUGAUGCCGCAGCACAGCAACAGCAGCAGCAAUCACAACAAUCAGGCAAGCCUGCUCCCGGGCCUGCGCAUAUGACCGCCCCGCCGCAUAUGCCACAAUUGGAGGACAGCUAUCGGACCUUGCGAGAUCUGUUUCCGGGCUGGCAGGGGCUGGAUCACCGGUCAUCCUCUUCCAUGUCGGGACCUCCUCCAGCUUCUUC